AUGUGGCUUCAACUGACGAUUUUAACAAUAUUUUUCGUCUCUAUCUUUUCUGAUACAUCGUCUCCAGCAUUGUUACCAUGCUCUUUAACUUGUCUUAACCAAACACACACGUCACCCAAACCAGCAGUGUUCUUUAUCAAUGAUACCACUGAAAAUGUAUUCAUCUUUUUUGCGAUUAAUUGUAACAUCACAGAUAAUCUAACAUAUGCAAAUGUGUCAAUAUCAAUUGAUAAUACACGUUCAAUUGAAAUUCAAAAUACUCUUCCAUUAAAUCUUCUUUCAUUCGAUCCAAUAUUUCAAAAUUUGACAUUCAAUUUAACUGUUCAUGGUACUCUUCUCGGUUACAGUCGUAUAUAUUUACAUGCUGAGUAUCUCAAUCAAUCGAAAUAUGCAUUUAAUUACACAAACAACCUCAGUAUUGACUUUGCCGUGAAACGAAAAAGUACAGUACUUGAUACAAUCUUUACUGUUGUUGUGAUUAUCUUGGUUUGUAUCGGAACGUUCCUAAUUGGUUGCCGACUGAAAACACAGAAUUUAUAUGCAAAUAUACGUCGGCCUGUUCCCAUACUUAUUGGUUUGUCAAGUCAAUUUGUAUGUUUACCGUUAUUGGCUUAUGGCUUGGCUAAGUUGGCGAAACUUGAUUCAUCAACAGCGAUUGGAUUGUUAUCAACUGGUUCAGCACCAGGUGGUGGUGCAUCGAAUAUGUAUACAGCAAUGUAUGGUGGCGAUGUUGAUCUUUCGGCUUCGAUGACAUUCGGUAGUACAAUACUUGCAUUUGGUACAUUUCCUUUGUGGAUCCUUCUAUUAGGUCGAGAAUUUAUCGAUACGCACAAUGUACACUUUCCGUGGGAAAAUAUGUUUGCAACAUUGAUUUGCUUAAUUGUGCCAGCUGGUAUUGGUCUGUUACUUCGUUGGCAAAAGCCUGGAAUUGCCGAUCGCUUCACUCGAUUUCUUCGAUUUAUCACAUUAUUCUUUAUUUUAUAUAUCUUAACCUUCGGUAUUUAUACUAAUCUCUACGUAUUCAAAUUGAUCAAUUUUCGAACUGUAAUCGUCAGUGCGAUUUUACCAUACAAUGGUUUUCUUAUUGGAUUUCUCUUAUCACUCAUCACUCGACAAAAUAGAGAACGUCUCAUUGCCAUAUUUAUCGAAAGUGGUUUACAAAACACAGGCGUGGCCAUUUUUUUUCUUCGUCUAUCUCUUCCUCAACCUGACAGUGAUCUCGCUAUUGUUGUGCCAAUUUUUGUUGCUAUUGCAAUCCCUAUUCCACUUCUGAUUAUUUAUACAUGCUUAAGUAUUUAUCGACGUUAUCAAAAACGACAUGAUCUAGUAACAACCAUCAAUGAAGAACGCAAUCAGGCACAUUAUGAACAAUUACCUAAUAGUGAUAAUGAACAAUAG